AUGGCUGAAGCUGCAAGUGUGUACCCCGCUUUAGAACAGCGGCCGCUGAAGAAUACAAUUUGCCUGUUUGACGUCGAUGGCACUUUGACGCCUGCAAGACGCACCGUCUCACCUGAGAUGCUGGAGUUGCUCUCUCGUCUGCGACACAAGUGUGCAAUUGGAUUCGUUGGUGGCUCCGACCUCGUCAAGCAGCAAGAACAACUCGGCACUCUAUCCACCCCCGUCACCUCCCUCUUCGAUUUCUGCUUUGCCGAAAAUGGUCUCACCGCAUAUCGACUUGGGAAGCCCCUGACGAGUAACAGCUUCAUCCAAUGGCUUGGAGAGGAUAAGUACCAGAAUCUAGUGGACUUUUGUCUUAAGCAUAUCGCGGGUAUCAAGUUGCCCAAAAAGAGAGGUACUUUCGUCGAGUUCCGGAACGGCAUGGUCAACGUUAGCCCUAUUGGAAGGAAUGCCAGUACAGAGGAGAGAGAUGAUUUUGAGAAGUACGAUAAGGCACAUAACAUCAGAAAAACCAUGGUCGAGGCACUGAAGAAGGAAUUCCCUGACUACGGGUUGACUUACUCUAUCGGUGGUCAAAUCUCUUUCGACGUCUUUCCCACUGGAUGGGACAAAACGUACUGCCUCCAGCAUGUCGAAGCGGAAAAGAAAAUCUCCGGUACUGAAUACACCACUAUCCACUUCUUCGGCGACAAAGCUUUUGAAGGCGGAAACGACUGGGAAAUCUACAGCGAUAAACGCACCACCGGCCACGCUGUCAAGGGCCCUGAUGAUACAAUGAAGCUGUUGCGUGAAAUUUUUGAUUUGAAUUAG